AUGACUACAUAUAUUCCCGCGCUCACACUGCCCGACGCGGUCUUCCUGAAGCCCGCCCUAUCAGUCUUGCUGCCCAUUGGCCUUGGGACAGCCGUUGGCUUCAGUGCCACUCAGACCCAGAAGACCUAUCUUGCUCUCAAGAAACCUUCGGUUCAACCUCCGCCAUGGCUGUUCGGCCCUGUCUGGACCGUCCUCUACGGUCUCAUGGGUUAUGCCGCCUACCGAGUUGCUGACAUUGGCCUUUCUCCCUUCUCAGGCCCUGAGACUAUCGUGAACACUCGACGUGCAAUGACGCUCUACUCAAUUCAACUCGGCCUCAACCUUAUUUGGACCCCCCUCUUCUUCGGCCUGUAUCGACCUAUUGAGGCGUCGGUUGAUAUUGUGACGCUGCUCGGCGUCAACGGCUACCUAACUUAUCUCUACAGCUCCAUUGAUUCUGUUGCUGCGUGGAGUCAAGUUCCCUACCUCGCCUGGCUCAGCUUUGCGACCUAUCUAUGCACUACCAUCGGUCAUUUAAACAACUGGGACCUGAAGGCCAAGGAAGCAAAGGACGAAUAG